AUGUCUCAAAAUACAACUAUUUACAAUCCUUACGAUGAUCCAUCCGUUCCUUAUGUAGAACCACCAGAAAAUCCAUUAUUUCAUGAUACUCUUGUUGUAUGGAAACAUAAUAAUAUAUUUAAAAAUUUAAAUAUUUAUUUAAGUGUAGUAAGCAUGACAGGAGGUUUCAUAGUAUUAGUUAUAAUCACUGCAAUGUGGUUAUAUAAUAAAAAGCUAGUAAACCGUGUUUCGCUCAGACUUACUGCUAUGAUUUCUUUAGUAGACAUAUUUACUGGGGUUACUAUGAUAGAAUUUGCAACGUAUUUAAAAAAAGACACAACAAAAUGUACAAUAAUCGCUUUGGCAAUGUCUUUUUGCACUCAGUUUUAUUUAAUUUUAACUGCAAUGAUAGCAUUUAAUUUACAGAUACUUUUUCUUCAUCGUAAAAAGGUCUCCACGUUUCCAAAUAAAUGGUAUACACCUCUCGCCUUCUUAAUUGUUAGUGCUAUAAAUAUUCCUCCUUUGGUCUAUAAUCGGUUUGGAUAUGAUUCUUUUGGACAACAUUGUCUUUAUCGAAAUCCAAAUGCUAGAGAAACACAAAUAUGGAAAAUUGUAACUUUUAUUAUUCCAGUCUCGUUAACAUUAAUCUAUUGUACAAUAGUCUUUAUUUUUGUUAUUUGCAAAAUUAUAUUUGAACAUCGUAAACUAGCGGAAGUAGUUCAUUCUCAAAGUACGUCAAGCUUGACGGCUAAAGCUAGGAGACAAAAGAAACUUUUAUUAAAAUUAGUAAGUCGUAUUGCCAUGUAUGCCCUGAUCCCACUUUUAAAUAUUACUGGAAUUGUUGUUUCAUAUAGUUGGGUGACAAUUCAUAAAAACGAAUUAUUACCCUUGUGGUUAUCUUAUUGGGGCAUUAUUGGAUCGUGUUUACCAGGAUUUUCUAAUUGCGUCGCGUUUCUUUUUGACCCUGCUAUUCAUAAUGCGUUACGAAAAGUUAAAAGAGAUCUUAUUGAUAAUUAUGGCUGUGAUAAAUCAUUAUGUUCAAAAUUUACAGUCACACUCGAUAGCCCUCCCCAAUCCAAUGCAUUCAUUCCACAUUCCUCAUCACAUCCCUCUAGAAAUUCUAGAAAUUCUCACUUACCUCCCACACCUUCUGUUCAUUCAUCAGUAGUAUCUCCAGCUUAUUUUUCUUUCCCAUCCGAAAUAGUUAAUGAUUGUGAAGUUAAGAAAAAUAAAAAGAACAGAUUUUUACGAUGGUUUGUACGUACUUUCUUGAUCAGAAAACAAAUAGAACCUAAUUCGAUGACACAAUCAAACUUUAGUAAACAUAGUGGUGCUUUGUCCAGACAAAAUUCAGAAAUUGAAAAUAUUAAUAGAGAUAACUUACAAAAUUUAAAUAUGAUAAGUCCAAUUGACAAAAAAAAAAAGAAAUUUCUGAAGUUAUCACAGAUAGCCCCAAUUCAAGAAUCUUUUGUUACGACCUUCACGACAGCCACGAGUAAUAGUUUUUAUUCUAAUAACUCUUGUCCAGAAAACCAUACAAUCAGUAUGCACACAAAUUCUACUCCUACAAGCAUAAUAGAAGUAGGUUCAUCUUCAAGAAACCGAUCUGAUUCUAUAUCUUCUAUCGCAUCAAAAGAUUCCGUUGAUAAUGAUAUAUCAGUAUAUUAA